AUGCCUCCGUUUGCAAACUCCCCGCUGAAGCGUAGCGAAAGCAUGAAGCAGCCGCAGACGCCGAGUGGCAAGCAGAAACUAAAUCGACACGAGAUAGCGCGCCUAGCGUCGAUCCAGGACGACGGCACGCCGCUCUCGGAUACCGAAGGUUUGGCGAACGGAGAUGGCGUGGCAAACCCCGCACAGGACGCGGAGCAGACCCGCGGGCGCCGCCGCGCCGUGUCGGGUCCCCAAGGCAUGCUGCGCUCCAGCUCGACCACCAUUACACCGUUAGAGGUGCCAAAGGGCAAAAUGGAGCCGCCGCGGACCGGCGACACGGAGAAUAAGCCGAGCAUGGAGCUGGCGCGCGUGCCGAGUGCAACGCAGGACGGUCAGACGCGUCCUGCGCCCGCGCUUACGAACCUAAAUGCACUCCCUACGUCCCUUGGCUCGACGGAUCCGUCAUCUGUGCGCCGUUCGUCGACCAUUGCCACCGAUGUGCCCCGGCUGAAUACGACGCAGCUCGAUGGUCCGCCCGGCGAGGACGCCCACGACGAGGCAGAGACGAUCACGAGCAACCCCGCGACCGGCGCGUACCGCGACCUGACGACGGGUGCCGUGGUCGAGACGGACAAUGACGGCAACCAGGCCGAACCGACGACGCAUCCCAAUAUUCGCUCGACCGACGGAAACCCCGGGAGCACCGCGACGAGCCCCAUGAUCGGCGGCUCAUCCGAACUGGAAAUGCCCGGGCUCGAGGCCGCGGCCGAGUUUCUGUCGCACGACCGCAAGCUGACGCGUGUCGCGACGGUCGACGGCACGGAGCACGCGCCCGGGCACGAGCGCGGCCAGUUCCUUCCCGGCGGCCCCCACGACGAGGACGGGGCCGGGGACGGGUGGCAGGAUAAUCCCCCAGUGACGGGUUUUGCGGUCGCGAGCUCGAAGCGCAACGCCGACUUCCACGCGCUUUUCCCGAGCGUGCCUGAGGACGACUUUUUAAUUGAGAACUACGGUUGUGCGAUUUCGCGCGACCUGCUCAUCCAAGGACGCAUGUACGUCAGUGAGGCGCACGUCUGCUUCUACUCGAGCAUUUUUGGGUGGGUCACGUCGAUUGUCGUGCCCUUUUCCGAAAUUAUCUCGAUCGAGAAGCGGAACACGGCGUACCUGAUCCCGAAUGCGAUCCAGCUCAAGACGCUGCAGAACAAGUACCUGUUCAGCUCGCUCGUUACGCGCGACCUGACGUACAGCAUGCUCGUCAACAUCUGGCGCCUCUCGCAGCCGAGCGCCACGACGCAAGAGCACGCCGUCGCGACCGACGCUGCGAGCGAGGCGCAGAGCGACGAGGAGCAGGAAAAGAGCAAGGACAGUAUAUGCACCUCCAAGGCGCUGUCGAAACGUGAGCGCCUGCGCAAGCGCCUCGCCGUCGCGCGCCACCAAGCCAAGAAAGGCGACAAUAGCAGCGUGGAUGGCCACGACGGUGCAAGCGGCACGGCCGCCUCCGCCUCGAUGGAUGCAGACCAGGACGCGGACACGGAGAGCAGCAGCGAGGACGAGGGCGAGGGCGCCACCGACAAGGUGCACGAGCCCACGCAGUGUAACUGCGACAAGGACAAGCUGCAUCUGGGCAACAUUGUGCUGGACGAGGCCUUCCCUGCGACCGUGCGCCAGUUGUUUGACCUGCUCUUUACCACGGACUUUAUCGCGACGUUCCUCACGGACAACCAGCAUCUGAACGAGCUGCAGAUUGGCGAGUGGGAAGACGAGAACCUGAGCAGCAAAGAGGUGACGGCGGCGCGCAAAGUGUCGUAUAUCAAGCCGCUCAACGGCCCGAUCGGCCCGAAGCAGACCAGGUGUGACAUUGUCGAGGAGCAACUGCACAUUGACUUUGACGACUACUGCACGACCAUGACCACUACGCGCACGCCCGACGUCCCGAACGGCUCGAGCUUCGCGGUAAAGACGCGCACCUGCUUUACAUGGGCCGAGAACAACCAGACCAAGCUCUACGUCACCUGCGCGGUCGAGUGGACGGGCCGCUCCAUGAUCCGCGGCAUUAUUGACAAGGCCUCGAUCGAGGGCCAGAAGCAGUACUACCAGGACCUCUCAACGGCGCUGCGCAAGCACAUCGAGGAGCACCCGGAUCAGUAUGCGCGCACGCUGCCCAAGCCGAACCAGAGCAGCACGCCACGCCAGUCCGUGGCGUCGGUCAUGUCGGCCGCCAAGCAGGUGCCGGUGAGCCCGACAUCCUCGCUGCGCUCGCCUCAGGUCGCGGAGGAGAAGCCGAGCGAGCCGGCAAGCCUCUGGGAUACGGUGUACGACACGACCAUGUCGUUCUCCGAGGCGCUCAACACGCGCCCGACUGUGCUCCUGCUCGGUACGCUGAUCGUGCUCCUGCUCCUCUCGCACGUCGUGCUCUUCUUCCGGGGCUCGCCAGGCGUGUCCAGAGACCCCAGCUACCCCCACCACCUCUUGUCACCCCUCGCCGCGAAGCAACAGCAGCCGUUUACGCUGCGGCACGCGUCGGUGAUGAUCGAAGACGAGGUGCAGCAGGCGCUCGACGCGCUCGCACACUCGCGGCGCCUUACCGAGGCGCUCGAGCAGGAAAUCCAGGUGCUCCGCGAGACGAUCCAGGCACAGACGCGCCAGCACCGCGACAAAAUUGACGGGUCCCCACCGUAG